AGUCUACUUCCUCGUCGUCUUCUCCCCCGGUGAGAGCAAGGGACAACGCGCAGGAGAGUGUGUGGAAGCAGCAGCUGAGCGCGGCCAUGGCAGGCGGCGCCGGCGCGCGGGACCCGCUCGUCGCCUCCGAGAUCCACGGCUUCCUCACCUGCGCAGACUUGAACUUUGACAAGCUGAUGGCUGAGGCCGGAACACGCUGGUUCCGGCCGAAUGAGAUCUAUGCAGUGCUGGCGAACCAUGCGAGGUUCAAGGUCCAUGCACAGCCCGUCGACAAGCCCGCAAGUGGUACUGUUGUUCUGUAUGAUCGUAAAGUUGUCCGAAACUUCCGUAAAGAUGGCCAUAAUUGGAAGAAAAAGAAGGAUGGCAAGACUGUCCAAGAAGCCCAUGAAAAAUUAAAGAUUGGUAAUGAAGAAAAGGUUCAUGUGUAUUAUGCUCGAGGCGAGGAAGAUCCAAAUUUCUUUCGUAGAUGCUACUGGCUGCUUGACAAAGAGUUGGAGCGCAUAGUUCUUGUGCAUUAUCGUCAAACAUCUGAGGAAAAUGCCAUACCACCACCACAUAUAGAAGCUGAAGUUGCAGAAGUGCCUCCAAUCAAUAUUAUUCAUUACACCUCUCCUAUAAUAUCAACAGAUUCGGCCUCUGCUCGUACUGAGCUAUCUUCUUGUGCUGCUGCUGCUGCACCAGAAGAAAUUAACUCACAUGGUGGCGGAGCGAUUUCUUGUGAAACAGACGAUCAUGAUUCUAGCCUUGAAUCAUUUUGGGCAGAUCUAUUGGAGUCAUCUAUGAAGAAUGAUACUUCUGUCCGUGGUGGAUCUUUGACACCCAAUCAGCAGACUAAUGAUGGGAUGAGGGAUUCUGGAAAUAGUAUCUUGAAUACCAAUGCCAGAAGUAAUGCUAUCUUUUCUUCACCAGCUAAUGUAGUUUCAGAAGCUUAUGCUGCCAAUCCUGGCCUCAAUCAAGUAUCAGAGAGUUACUAUGGAGCUCUGAAACAUCAAGUGAACCAAUCUCCAUCCCUUUUAACAUCAGAUCUGGAUUCUCAAUCAAAGCCACAUGCAAAUUCUAUUAUUAAAACUCUAGUGGAUGGUAACAUGCCUAGUGAUGUGCCUGCUAGGCAGAACAGUCUUGGACUGUGGAAGUACUUGGAUGAUGAUAUUACUUGUUUAGUGAAUAAUCCAAGCUCAGCCAUACCCAUCACUCGACCAGUGAUCGAUGAAAUGCCAUUUCACAUCAUUGAGAUCUCCUCAGAAUGGGCUUAUUGUACAGACGAUACAAAGGUCCUCGUGGUUGGAUACUUCCUUGACAACUACAAACAUCUGUCUGGGGCCAAUCUAUACUGUGUUAUUGGUGAGCAAUGCGUUACCGCAGACAUUGUCCAAACUGGAGUUUACCGUUUCAUGGCUAGACCACAUGUGCCUGGACGAGUGAAUCUUUAUUUGACUUUGGAUGGGAAAACUCCAAUUAGUGAGGUUUUGAGUUUUGAGUACCGUAGAAUGCUGGGCAGCUCAGAUGAUGAUGAACCCAAAAAGUCGAAGCUUCAGAUGCAGAUGAGACUAGCUCGUUUAUUGUUCUCUACAAGCCAGAAAAAGAUACCACCAAAGUUCCUUGUAGAAGGUAGCAGAGUUUCCAAUCUCUUAUCAGCAUCAACAGAGAAAGAAUGGAUGAAUCUGUUCAAAUACGUUACUGAUUCUAAAGGCACUAACAUUCCUGCUACUGAGAGCUUGCUUGAACUUGUGUUGCGAAAUAAAUUACAAGAAUGGCUUGUGGAAAAAAUAAUUGAAGGACAUAAGUCAACAGACCGUGAUGAUCUAGGACAAGGACCUAUACAUCUGUGUUCUUUCUUGGGCUAUACCUGGGCCAUUCGAUUAUUUUCUUUGUCAGGAUUCUCCUUGGAUUUUCGCGAUUCUUCUGGUUGGACAGCUCUGCACUGGGCCGCGUACUAUGGGAGGGAAAAAAUGGUUGCUGCUCUUUUGUCUGCUGGAGCAAAUCCGAGCUUGGUUACAGAUCCUACUCAUGAUGAUCCUGGUGGACACACUGCUGCUGAUAUAGCUGCAAGACAAGGUUUUGAUGGCUUAGCUGCAUAUCUUGCUGAGAAAGGGUUGACUGCUCAUUUUGAAGCCAUGUCACUAUCCAAGGAUAAGAAAUCUACAUCAAGGACACAGUCAAUAAAACAAAUUUCCAAGGAAUUUGAAAACCUUACUGAACAAGAAUUGUGCUUACGAGAAUCUUUAGCAGCCUACCGUAAUGCUGCUGAUGCUGCCAGCAAUAUCCAAGCUGCUCUUAGGGAACGAACUCUUAAGCUUCAAACAAAAGCAAUUCAGUCGGCCAAUCCUGAGAUCGAAGCAGCUACGAUAGUUGCUGCUAUGAGGAUUCAGCAUGCAUUCCGGAACUACAACAGAAAGAAAAUGAUGCGAGCUGCCGCACGAAUACAAAGUCAUUUCCGAACAUGGCAGAUGAGGAGGAACUUCAUGAACAUGCGAAGACAAGCUAUAAAAAUACAAGCUGCAUACCGAGGUCACCAAGUGAGAAGGCAGUACCGCAAGGUAAUAUGGUCCGUUGGAGUCGUGGAGAAAGCUAUCUUGCGAUGGAGGAAGAAGAGAAAAGGCCUGCGUGGCAUUGCAACUGGAAUGCCAGUAGCAAUGUCUACAGAUACAGAAGCAGCAAGCACUGCAGAGGAGGAUUACUACCAGGUUGGCCGGCAACAAGCUGAGAACAGGUUUAACAGAUCAGUUGUACGUGUCCAAGCCCUGUUCCGUUCUCACCGGGCACAACAGGAGUACCGGAGGAUGAAGGUUGCUCAUGAGGAGGCCAAGGUGGAGUUCAGUCAAAAUUAGUUAGGACUGGCACACAUUGUAGGGGUUGCUAGUUCUUCUAAUUCUUGUAUAUUGGAAGGAACAGCCGUAGCUUGCUGAUGCUGUACAUUUUAGGACCAUCUGAUGCUUGUGGUCAGUGUGGCAAAUGUAUCUGCCGUUAGCCUUCUAAUUUGGUGUGCAUUUGCUGGUUUUAGUUGGGCGGAAAUGGCACUGUGCUUUGUAGUCCUGGUUUGUGUGGAUGCAAGUACAAAUAAGGUUGUACAUGCUAAUAAUCAAUUCCACCUGACUAUAUCCAGGUGAUUUGCAAGCAAAAUUUGCAAUA